AUGGCCAGCGUGCUCGCGGUUUGCCCACGACUCGCUCGCGUGCCCUUUGGCGCAGCCCACGCGCUCGCCGUCACCGCCGUUCGCCAGAACAGCGUCUCGCCACGAGUUUCGUCGUCGCUGCACAGCAGGGUUUACGUCGCUCUCGUCGCCGCCGAGAUGAGCUUCGUCUACCCCGGUGUACUCUCCGUCUACUUCGUGCGCAGGUCGUCGAAUCCAGUCUCGAAACCGGUCAGCGUGCUUGUGCAACUGCGUGUGAAUGGCGUGUUGUCGGAGUUUAGGCGACGCCGUGGCGAGCUGCACGAGAUCUCCCGCGUCCUCCCGGUUCUCAGGGACCACGACAUCCGCGCCGACGCGCACCUCUACAACGCGCUGAUGAAGGCGAACGUCGCGGCGGACGACCCCAGGGCCGUCCUCAGGGUGUUCCGACAGAUGAGGAGCGACGACGUGGACCGCGACCUCGUCACCUACAACACGCUCAUCUUCGGCCUCGCGCGCGCCAGGAUGGUCGCCAAGGCCAGGGCUUUCCUCGACGACAUGGCCGCGGAGGGCCACCUCCCGAACGUCGUCACCUACACCUCACUCAUGAACAGGAUGUGCGUCAAGGGUGACGCGCUCGGGGCGCUGAAGCUGCUCGAGGAGAUGCAGGGCAAGGGAUCUAUCUUGGUGAUAGCUAUUGUCGGGUACCGUAAUUAG